AUGAAGAGACUUCAUGAUUCCUUGGUGAAACACGGCGGCAUUUUGAUCUCGCUGGGCUGCGUUCUGCUGCUGAUCUCCCGGAAACGGCUGAUUUCACGGCUUUUGUCCAGCUAUUUCUCCCGCUAUUUGCCCUACCUGGCCGCCUGGUUGCGUCGCCCGAGCUCACCCAAGGGCCGUGCCAACGGGGCCAAUGGUAAGCUGCUACGGCCUCCCCCGGUACGGCCGGAGCCCUCGGGGAACUCGGGCCCCCCGUCCCCAUGGGUGCUCUCCCCGGCCUCCAAUGCACGGCAGCCAGGCCAGGUGCGCUUCGAUCCCAUGAUUGCUGUGGUACCUAUUCCCAGCCAUUGCGAAAUGCCACCUGAGAAGAGAGGACACCUCUGGUGGCAGCCGGACGACUUUGUGAAUUUCCUCCGGAGCCGCUUGGAUAUCGCCGAAGCCUACAGGGCAGCUGCCCACAGCCUUGGAGUAGACAUGUGCAAUGUCUCCAGUGUUGGUCGGCAUGCCAAAGAGGCUUACGCGGCGACCAUUGAGGCCUAUCCCAGUUUAAAGGACGAAUCCCGUCGCGGGUUGGGUUUGGGACGACGGCACCAGCGGGCACGCAACCGAGACGCCUAUUUGGCCGCGGUGGUCAACGAGCAAGGCCGCCAGCUCGACGUGGGCAUCUCGGACAGCAAUGCCCUGGCCUUGGUGGCGCGCCAAGUCUCGCAGAAGGACGAAGCAGAAGCAACUGCUGUGAAUAUAUGGAACAUCUACCCGUAG